AUGACCCACCAUGAAUUCCGUGAGGCUGUGACCCAAUUAGGUUACGAAAAGGGAGCUCAACCAUUACAAGUUCCCGAACUUACCAGCGUGGAGUCUUUGGGCGACCUCUACAAGUACUCGGAUGCCACCAAAUCCAAAUUCAAUGAAUUGAAAGUGAUUCAACCCUAUCAACAUCAUGAGAUGUUCAGCGAACCUAUAUCUAUGACCACUACCAAUACUGAACAGAUACUGAAGCAGGUGCUCUCUAAGCUUCAGGGUCCUUCUAAGGACAACCGUGUGUGUCUCGUUGGCGCUAAAGGUAUUGGUAAGUCGACGCUUCUCAUGCAAGCCAUGGCCCUCGCAAACUCUCUGGACGCCACUCAAGCGCCAGUCUUCUUGCACAUUCCUAAUGCUAAUGCCAUCGUUGAUGGUCUGUCAGACUACAUCCUCAAUCAAAAGACGGGGAAGUACCAACAACCCAUGUUCACCAAGCGCUGGAUUUGGAAACUCAAAAACGCCAAUGCUGAUGUAUUCAAACAACUUAAGUUGUCGCGGGACUUUACUUACGAAAAGGACAGAAAAGAAGUUACUUUGGUGAAGGGCGAGAACACUGUGUACGAUCUUCUCAACGAUUGUCACGAUUUCGGAAAAUAUGGUCCCACCAACGCCUUUCAAUUUUUUGUCGAGGAACUUCAGCAUCAAUCACAGAACGUACCUGUCUUGGUGACUAUCGAUCGCGCCAAUGGUUUGUUCGAUUUUCCAAUCACGGAAUAUCGCCAUGCUGAUUUCUCUCUGGUGCACGUUUCUCAGCUUGAGAUUGGGGAUUGGUUGCUCAAGGUGGUUUCCGGUGAAUUCAACUUUACUAAAGGUGGCGUCAUCUUGGCUCAGUCUUCAGACUUCAGUGCUCAUCGCAAGUCCAUGAAGGUAGGCCUUGGGCUUGAAGUUCACUCACCUUACGAAAAAGCUUGGUUAUUUGAUAUUGAUAUUGCCAACGCUAUGUUGGCCAAUGGUGGUGUCAAGCCGAUUGAGGUUGCCCCCUUCACCAAAGACGAGACUUCAAAGUUAUUGGAAUUCUACCAACAAGCUGGUGUUUUGCAAGCUACUCAAGGUGAGACGGAGUUUACUAAGAUCGCUAACAAUCAAUACACCUUGAGCGGAGGAAAUCCUUGGUUCCUUGUGCAAGCUGCGGCGUUUGCUUAUUGA